GCCGUUCAGCACCUCAUGGUCUGCCUUCGUCGUGUCCCGUUCCGGCGCAGAGACGAAAUGAAGCUGCUCGCGGCGGUGUUGGUGGUCGGCUCCCUCGGAGUCUGCAAGGCUUGGGACGAACACUUCAGAUCGAGCGAGUGUUAUAAAUAUGGCCUGGAGAGUCUGGACGAACGAAUGCCUCAGAACUUGGGGAAUCUUGUCGCCCUCAUCGAAAAGUGGGAAGAGGAACACCAGUAUGGCAACGCGGAGGACAUCGCUGAGGGAAUUAUCAAGAGGUACAAAAUCGACGGCAUCGUGUACCUCCCCAGCGGACCAACCUUCUGGGGCCAAAAUGAGCAAGAGGAAGCUGACAAAUUCGACGUUGUGAAAAGGGUCCUGGUUCCCACAGAAGAAGUGCCACGGGACAUGUACUUUCCCGAGAGAAGAGGUAUAAGUUGCGCCCUCCACUUCCUCACGACACACAGCACUGACAUGUAUCCUCAUGCUGGGAUCGGCGAUGUGUGGGACACCCGCCGGCGGCGACGCAGGUCUGAGUCCCCUCCGCAGAACGUGAAUGCCAGGUACUCACUGCCUCAGGACGUCGACCCGGCUCGCCACCCGAUCGAGAACGGGGUUAUGCUCACGCCCUACGGACCCGUUGCGGUCGGGACCUUGCUGUCGGGCAUUAUGGCUUCAGACAAGACCUCAGAAGUCACCGUUCAGCAGAUAUACGGCAAAGAUGUCGAGUACAUGCACCCAGAGAUGCUUAGUUCCAGACUCCACCCUCAGCAUGUGUCGACUCUGGCAGGGGAUAUCGGGCAGACAGCGCUGGUGUCGGUGACCACAACCACCACCAGCAACACGCGUUAUCUCGGGCCCCAAGGGAUGUUCGGAAACUCAACGGCGGCGCCCAAGCUCUUCACUCUGGAGACCAGCAAUGACGGCAUUAUUUCGUACCUAACCAGAGCUGAAGUCUUCGCUGGCAUCGAUGCUCUCCUGAUCCAGAAGGUGUUGCAGUCAUCCACCUCAAGCACGCUGAAGUUGUCCCAAGUCCUCAGGAUGUACUACAGUGACCGUGGGCUUCCCGACCACUCCGACUUCCGUGCUUGCAACCGCAUGGAAGCCUUCAAGCAGAUCGACAAAACUAAGAUCGAGCAACAGGCACUGAACUUCAUGUACGCUUACGCCCACCACUUCAACGAGAUCCAGAGACUGAUUAAGGAGAACGAUUUCCAGACAGUCAAUGAAGCCAUGCAAGCGCAGCUCAACAAGGCCAUGAGCGUCUUCAACUCCUUCGUUGGCAGUUACAACUACGAGGAUUACAGCCAGUGCCCCAUAUACAGCAGUUCCCAGGUCAAAACUGAAAAUCAAGUCGAUCUCUUGGUCGUGUAUGCUCACGAAGGAGGCACGACAGAGAUGGAGAAACAGAGGGAAUACAUCACUCACUUGGCCAACAUGCUGGGCAUAGGGAAGAAAAGGUCACGCCUGGGAAUCAUGGACGGCAAGAAAGCCGAGUGGAUUACACCCAUGACGAACUUCAGCAACGUGGCAGACUGGUGCAGCAAUUUCACUGAAGAUGAGUCGCAAAGUUACGGAUCCGGGUCAGACAUGCCGCUGGUGUUGGACAAACUGGAGGCAUAUUACUCUGGUUUCUACAAGGACCUCAGGAGUGAUGGAAAUAAUGCAGAAGCUCACUCUCAGGUAUGCUGUUUUAAAAUUCCCCUUCGUUUUUUUUUUUUUUUUUUAUCGUACACUGGGGGUUUGUUAUUAUUUUUUUCUUCCCCAUCAAUUGACAGCAAUGACUUCUAUAUGCUAAUGAAGAACUUCCGGUUGAAUUAUCCAGACGUCUACUUCCUGAUGGUUGGGAAGAGCAAAGGUUCCUACAAUGACAUCCUGCUUGACAUCUCCAAGGACUUCUUCACCAACAAUGCCCUCGAACAGGAGGACUUCGCCAAAGACAUCGCCAAGCGUGUCCUUGAAAUUCCUUCGGUGUUUGUGUAUCCGGCGUGUGACAGUAACAACGCUAAUUUCACCAACUACCGGGAACAGAACCACCUGUAUACCGGUUACGUGUCUCCCAACCAUACAACUUACGUGCACAUUGCCCCUCACAACUUCCGGUUUUCGGGUUAUGUCAAAAUUAUGGUCAGACGAGAGAUGCGAGUACCCCGACCAGGUCAAGUUCGAGAUCCGCCAUGAGGGCAUGAUAUGCGGCGCCUGGUGCACGACCUCCUCUCUUGUCCUCCUCUGCGCCUCACUCCUGGUGCAUCUCUUCCGUUAGAUUUCUUCCUGUUAGGGUCCUAUAUGUUAGGGUUUCCUCCGUGUUUGGUUCAUCUCUGUGAUAGGUACCUCUCAGUCAUAGGAUCCUCUGUGAUUGGUUCCUCUUUGCGACAGGAUCCUCCGUGUUUGGUUCCUCUCUGCGACAGGAUCCUCCGUGUUUGGUUCCUCUCUGCGACUAUAUCCUCCGUGUUUGGUUCCUCUCUGCGACAGGAUCCUCCGUGUUUGGUUCCUCUCUGCGACAGGAUCCUCCGUGUUUGGUUCCUCACAGUAAUAGGUUCCUUCUGUUUGGUUCCUUUAUGUUUGUUCCUCUGUGAUAAAGUCCUCGUGUUUGGUUCCUUCUGUCUGGUCCAUCUACAGUGAUAGGUUCCUUAUGUUUGGUUCCUCCAUCAAAGGUUCCUUCGUGUUUGGUUCCUCGCAGUCAUAGGUCCCUCUCUGUCAUAGGUUCAUCCUGUGUGGUUCCUCUAUGUUAAAGGUCCCCCCGUAUUUGGUUAUUCUUUGUGUGAUAGGGUCCUACCUAUGUUAGUGUCCACUCUUUGUCACAUCCCACCUAACUCUUUUUGUCUCUUUUUUUUCUUCUUUUCCUAUUUCUUCUCUUUCGUAAACUUGCUCUCUUUUUCAUAGUUUUAUAUCUUCCGAGAUGUAAUAAUUCCAUAUC